GGGAGGGAGAAUGGAGCCCGGGAGCGGGCGGGGAAGCUGCACAAAUAUUUGCUGUCGGCCUCAAACCGCGAAUAAGGAGUUUCCGGUUCCGCGUUUGCACCGAUUUGGCGGCUGCGGCCUUUUUGUCGAUGUCAGGGUAUUAGAAGAGGAGGAUUUGCAGUCCGGAAACUGAAACCAAACAGCACAAUAGGACCAGACAGAGUCGCCCAGUUUAUUGUAACCUGAAUAUCAUUGGAUUUUGAACAUGGAAGAAAAAAGCACUAUUCACAGUGGAGAGAAAGCUUACAUGUGUUCUGUGUGUGGACGAGGCUUCAGCCGAUCAUCUGACCUGUCAGAACAUAACUGCAGUCACACUGGUGAGAAACCGUGGAAAUGUGGGGACUGUGGUAAAGGAUUCAAUUACCCAUCUGUGCUGGAAACACAUCGGCGUAGUCACACUGGGGAGAGACCAUUCAUCUGCUCUGAGUGUGGGAAGGGAUUCACCACCUCCUCCCACCUGCUGACACACCAGCGAGUUCACACUGGGAAGAGGCCAUUCACCUGCCCUGACUGUGGCAAGGGAUUCAUUAAUUCAUCCAACCUGCUAAAUCAUCUGCGAAUUCACACUGGGCAGAGGCUGUUCACCUGCUCAACGUGUGGAAAGAGGUUCACUCAGUCAUCCCACUUGCUGAAACAUCAGCGAGCGCACAGUGGGGAGAGACCUUUUAAAUGUCCAGACUGCGGGAAGUGCUAUAAAAGUUCCAGAGACCUGAUGUCGCAUCAACGUGUUCACACUGACGAGAGACCUUUUAAAUGCCCAGACUGCGGGAAGUGCUUUAGAAGUUCCGGGGAACUGAUGUCCCAUCAACAUGUUCACAGUGAUGAAAGACCAUUUCGGUGCUCUCACUGUGGGACUGGGUUCAAGCGAUCAUCUAACCUUAUUGUACACCAGCGAGUUCACACUGGAGAGAGACCGUUCACCUGCUCCAAGUGUGGGAAGGGGUUCACUCAGUCCUCCAUUCUGCUGGUACACCAGCGAGUUCACACUGGGGAGAGGCCGUUCACCUGCUCCGAAUGUGGGAAGGGAUUCACUCAGUCAUCCUACCUGCUGACACAUCAGCGAGUUCACACUGGGGAGAAACCGUUCACAUGCUCCGAGUGUGGGAAGGGAUUCGCUCAGUCAUCCCAUCUGCUAACACACCAGCGUGUUCACAAUGGGGAGAAACUGUACACGUGUUCUUUGUGUGGACGAGGCUUCAACCGGUCAUCUAACCUGGAGAGACACAGGGACACAUGCACCAUGGAGAAACCGUGGAAAUGUGGUGACUGUGGGAAAGGAUUUGAUUGUCCUUCCCAUCUGGAAACCCAUCGACGCAGUCACACUGGGGAGAGGCCGUUCACCUGCCCUGAGUGUGGUAAGGGAUUCACUCAAUCAUCCCAACUGCUAGCACACCAGCGAUUACACACUGGAGAGAGACCGUUCACCUGCUCCGAGUGUGGGAAGCAAUUCACACAGUUAUCCAGCCUACUAAGACACCAGCCAGUUCAUACUGGGGAGAGACCAUUCACCUGCCCUGAAUGUGGGAAAGGAUUCACUGGGUCCUCUGAUCUACUGAAGCACCAGCGAAUUCACACUGGGGAGAGGCCAUUCAGCUGUAUUUCCUGUGGAAAGAGAUUCAGGUCUUCAUCCAACCUCAGUGCACACCAGCGAGUUCACACCGGGGAGAGGCCAUUUACCUGCUCCGAGUGUGGAAACAACUUCACUCAGUCAUCAGCACUGCGGACACACCAGCGAGUUCACACCGGGGAGAAGCCGUUCACCUGCUCUGAGUGUGGGAAGGGAUUCACUCGGUCAUCCCACCUGCUGAAACACCAGCGAGUUCACAAGGAUGAAAAUUUCAAAAUUGAGUUGUUGCUUGACCAGGAGCCAUGACAGGUCAGGAAGCAGAGGGCUGUUACAGGAACGGACCUCGCUGUGAGUGAAGACAAAGACAGCAAACUUUUGGAUGACUUCAAGUUUAUGGAGGGUCGAAUUUGGGUGACCAGCCAGGAAUGUGUUGGAAUAGUUGAGUCUGGAGGUAGCAAUGGCAGCGAUGAGGGUUUCAGCAGCAGAUGCACUGAGAUAGGAUGAGGUCGGGUGAUAUUACGGAGGUGGAAACAGGCGAUCUUAGCGAUGGCAAAGAUAUGAGGUCAGAAGCUCAUCUCAAGAUCAAAUGUAACACCAAGGUUUUGAACAGACUGGUUUAAUCUCAGCCUGUUUUCAGAGAGAGGGACGGAGUUGGUAUCUGGGGAAUGGAUUCUGCUGUGAUUGCUUCUGUUAAUCACAUCCAGGACUGAACCAUGUUCAUUCUGACAGUUGGGGUUUGUUUCUGCUGAUGUUAAUAAUCGCUGUAACUGGGCUGGAGUUUAAUAUUCUGGAUCUAUAUCUGAUUGUGUUCUUGGGGCUGCAGUGACCCUUUAAGAACCGCUGCCUCUGAUCUUUCCCCAUAAUUCAGGAACUCUCAUCAGAAAUGAGCUUACAACAAGAUUCUGAACUUUUUCUUCAAUCCUAAAUUGAUCUUUGGUACGAACUCUACAAUUUAGUAUCUGAGAGGUUCCACUGAUUAACAUCUCCAAUUAGAAAGUGCUGAUUAAUCCUUGCUGACAAUUCUUACUGACUUGUACGUUAUUCACAGUGACACCUCCAUUAUCCAUCAGAAAGAAGGGGAAUGGGAAUUGGUGGAGAAUUGAGAGUUCCCAAAUAUUACCCCUCCCGCCUGGUACAGAAAUCCCCUCGGCACAGGAGUGGAGACAAGUUCAAUCCAACUAAUGGACUGUAAGAAAUCGCUGUCUAAUUACUUAAUAAAAUCUUUAGAAAUUUAUGGAAUAUUGCAGAAGUAGCUCACUCUUUCUGUUAUGAAGAAAGCUUCCAUAGUAGCUUGCUGGCUGACAAACACAGGACGGGGCUGUUAUCUCUGCCAAGGACAUGUCUCUAGCACAGGCCCUGAGACAAGACAUUUCUAACCCUGAUAUGAUUGGAAGUCAUGACGCAAACGUAAACCAACUGCUGAAAACAGGCUUUCGAGAGCACAGAGAUAUUGACGUGAUCCACACUGGCUUCAGCCCAAUACCCACACUGUGGCACACACCAGUUAACCGUUCAGAGGAGACUGUCACCACCAGCUAUAGAGAUCAGCACUCACUCUGUGUCAUCCAUCCAUUGUCCUUUGGGACCGGUAAACCGUUCUCACCUGUCAUGGGUCAUGUUUUUUCCUGUCUAUUUAGCUAACGCAUCAUAUUUAAACUGUUGCUUCUCAAUAAACUACUUUAAAAUCUCUUCUGAGCUCGAUCCUCUUUUCGAGUAAUCUGUGAUUCCCGAACCUAAAUCUUACAAGUUAGGAGUGGGAUCACACUGGUCGAGAUCAUAGGCUUGAGAAACAACAGUCUUAGUUAAAAGUAAAUGGAGAAGUUCCUCAGUGAAGCCAGGAGUAUACAAUGGCAUUGACACAUUACAGGGAGUGACUGAUAAGAUAGUCUCACAGAGAAAACAGGGGGGCCGGGGGUGAGAGAUAUCCUUGGGAUGAGAGAUAUCCUGGGGAUUGGUGACGAGUGUGACUGGGAUGACUAGUAUAUCCUCAAUAGGAUUUCUAAAGAGGGUCAGAAAGGACAGAUCAAGUUGAAGAAGGCCUAGAAUCAGUGAGAAAACGUCCACAAGGUGGAUGCAGGUGAACAGAGAGCUGGAGAAUCUUUAAAGUCCGUGCAUGAACUUUUGUUUGAACCAGAUGUAAUUACAACAUGCCAAUAAUUUAGAUUGUGUGAGAUGAUCGGCAGAUGGGGAGGAUGAAUCUAAGUCGAUAGUUCUCACAUUUUAGUGGAAAAGUUUUGACAUUUAUUCUUGGUGGCAGCUCAAGGGUUUGUGUUGCUGAUUCUGAUCAUUCUAGUAGCUUUAAUACGUUAUCUAUGGUUUGUCAUCAAGAAAUUAGGAAAACAAACUGAUACCUUAGAAAUAACAAGGUUAGUUAGAAAUCAGUUGUGGGAAGUCAAUUAGGAUAUUCCCUUCUCAAGGUGUGAGAAAUCUCUGUCCAGUAACCUUAUAAAAUGUUCAGAAAUUUAUUGAAUAACUGUUUGUCUCUCGUGAAGAAAGCGUCCUGGGUUGAGAAAUACAGGACAGUGAGGCCUGUUUCUCUGCCAAAGACAUGUCUGGCACAGACCCUGAAACAAGACAAGCUUGAUCGGGUGGGGGAUCUCAUGACCCAUAUGUAAAUCAACUGUCUGAGUAAAGGGUAAAUAGGAUGUCCCAGCAAGUGAUGAGCCACAAAAGACUUCAUGAACUUCCAAUGGAAAUAGGAGGGGUUACCUUGAAUAUCUGUCCCUUGCUAAUGGACAAUUGAAUAAGUUAUUGACAUGAGACCCCAAGAAAUGAGAUAUAUAACUGACUUUCGAGAGAGAAAAUAACGUCAGACAGUGAAGAGCUUCUUGAAGUGAUCCUUCAUUCCAUCCACAGAUGCUCCUCUUCACUGGAAAUGUGAGAGACAAGAUUGUAGAUGUGGCCUAAUGUACAAUGAAUGAUCAGUUUAAUAGUGGAAAGUUCUACUCAAGCCCCUGAACCAACAGACAGAGAGUCUGUUGUCGUGGUCACUGAGUGCGCUCUGCACAUGUGUGAACCCCGAACUAGUGCAAAGCGAUCAGUCCAAAUCACUUUGGAAAGUUACUUGUGGAUCUGCUUCCACCAGUCAUUCAGACAAUGUGUUCCAGAUCAUCAGAACUCACUGAGUAAAAUAAUCUCUCCUCAUCUCCAUCCUGGAUUCUUUGCCGAUUAUUUUAAAGCUGUGUUCUGUGGUUACCAACCAUCCUGCCAAUGAAAACAAUUUCUCCCUGUGUAGAUGAAAACUUCUAAAAAAUCUCUGCUCUUUAUCAAAUCACCCUUUAACCUUCUCUGCUCUAAAGAGAACAAUCCCAGUUUCUCCAGUCUCUCCACAGAACCGAAACCCCUCAUCCCUGAUACUAUGCUGGGAGAUUGUCCCCACACCCUCUCCAAGGCCUUGACAUCUUUCCUAAAGUGUGGUGCUCAAAAUUGAACACAAUAUUUCAGCUGAGGAUUGUCAGUGAUUUGUAAAGUUUCAGGAUAACUGCCUUGCUUUUGUACUUCAUGUCUCCAUUAAUAAACUGAAUACCCAUUAGCGUUU